UAAGAUAUCCCUGAAACCGACAUCGACACACUUCUUGGCGUAGGAUUUCUACAAAGCUGCGAGAUUCACGAUGACUUGAUGGAUCUGUGUCACGCCCUAGACCAACGCUGCUCGUGACGUCAAUUCCGCUGGUCGCCUUUCCUGCUCAGUAAUAACAGUGAGUUGUAGCAAGAACACAUCAUGCCGGUGCUCCUGCCGUUCCGGCUGUUUACGACGCUCAGCCGUGUAAGUGACUGUUCCAGAGCUUAUCUCCUCAUCGCCUAGGUAAUAUUCCUUCCAGUCAAUACUUUGGUCUUCAAUGAGCCUAUCACUCAGAGCGAUUUGGCCUCACAAACACAUAGUCAGCUCAGUAGCCGCACGAGGUGUGACGAGAUGAGCACCACGACGUCUCAAACGGAGGCUGCUACGCAGCGAGUCACGCGAGACUAUUCCGUUCGGAACGUAGGGGGAUACACAGAAAUGUUUGUCCAGCCACAGCGAACGAAGCAACUCGGCUUCCCAAAUCCGGCCUUGAUCUUUGGCUUGGUAGCGUACAAAGCAGUUGCCAGUAUGCUCUCCGACCAGCUCACCGAGAAAGUUUCGCUCACAACGGUGAAUAAUCGAUCAAGGUCUAAGGUCGCUGUGGGCUCAGGCGAAAUGGAACCUCGAACCUCCUCUAGAUUACCUUGCGGCCGCUGUACCAGGACCGGGAUUCAUUGCCGCCGCAAUACACGGAGACACCUUCAGCUUUCCAUUUUCGAUACAAAGCGCGUACUAGGCGUAAAGUUCAUGCCGCAGAAUGCAAUCGUCGGUGAAGGAGAAGCGGCGUGUAUGUGUCGACAGCGUUCGUCCCACCGUCGCGACCAGCUCCCAGAAGUUGAGGCCCAUGCCGUGUUGUCACAACGCGCGGAGCAAACAAUCGCCGUCGUACAAGCAAGAGUUGAUCUUCCAUGGGACGAUGGCUUGAACAACGACGAAAUGAUGUACCUCAUGGGCCUCAAAGCCGGUUCUGCAGCCGUUGCAGUCGGCGUCGCUGCAAUGAUCAUCGCCCCUUGCUAGAACCAGGUAAUUGAACACCUCUACAGAAUAACCACAGGCUCUUGGUGCAAAAUGGCCUCGCGAGUGCAAAGUCUUCGCAUAAUGCCAGGGAAACAGAAGUGGAAGAGUCUAUACCACCGAAGUCAUCGCUCCCCGAAAGGAAAAGUAUCAUUUGAAGAAAGUAAUCAUUAUGGUAUAUCUAGAGCUGUCAAGGCAUCUUGCGCUGUCUCUACUUCAUCUCGGGAAAGUCGAGGCGCAUCCAUGACAAGUUGCGCGCGUCCUUCGUACCGUUUCCGAGUGUAGUCAAUGCCCAGCUCAUGAAGUGCAAGCUGGACACGCACG